AUGUUACAGUGUAUUCAUAAAUUUGUAAAGGUGUACAUAUAUUUGAUAGUCAUAUGUAACAAGUGUAGCAUACUGUAUAGAAUACGAAAUGUUAAAACAGAAACAUUAAAAACGAGACUACGACCUCAUGAUUAUAGUAAUUUGGAAAGAAAAAUAGUGGAUUCCACAAGUUACAAUGAAACUGGGAGAGAUGUAAGACAAGGAUCAGUGAAAGAAGAUGAUGGCAAAAGGCCACUGUAUAAUAAACACCCAAGGUUCUGUUGGGGAAACUAUGAAAUAUUCAACGUUGAUGUCAUCAACGACAAGGGAUGGGAGAGAGAAGGAUCGGGAAAAAAGUUGAUAUCGUACAUAGACCUGCUGACCAAAUGCACAUUCAAAAUAGAAGAAUUCGGAAAGUGCACAAUAACAAACAGAGAAGAGAAGAAAGAAGAGGAUCAGGAAAAAAGAGAUGGCGAGGAGCUGGGAAAAAAGGAGAGUGCAAACGAGCUAGAUAAAAGAUUCACAGACAAGUCGCUAUCUAAGCUAAAGAAAAUGUUCGGAAAAAAAGAUUCAGAAAAGGAUAGAGGAUUUAUGGAACAGCUGAAAAGGGAGCCGAUCAAAACGUACAAAGUGGAAGAGUUGGUUGAGAACACUGAAGUUGCGAGUGUUUCCAGAGAAGAUCUGGAGAAGUUUGUGGAGAACACAGUGUUAGGAGAGGCCACACCAACGUCGAAAGAUGGUGUAGAGGCGGUGAAUUGGGAAUACGUUCCAUCGUCAAAACUAGUUAGAAUUGGCAUAUUUUUGAAGGAAAUGAGUAAAAGGAUGUACCUGACCUUUAAGCUGCACCCGGGGACGAAGCCGCUGGUGAUAGACAACGGAGUGCUGAAGGUGGAGCGGAACGGAAAAAGCACCGCAAAUAUUGGACGCGACGCCUCCUAUUCGUCCAGAGCUCUGGUCAAAGUGAAAAGCGUCGAGGAGGACGCAGUGAACCAGGCUGUGAAAAGGGACCGACUACACCACAAGAGGAAGGUGAUAUCAGUAAGCGGGAACAGCAGGUCCCGGUUCAACAGAAUCUUUGGCCUGAUUCAAGCGUUGGCGAGUAACCUUGGAACAAGCGCGCCGAGCAAAGGUGAGUCAAAAGCAUCGGAGGCUAAAGUGGCGUUCGACACAGAGUCGCCCCUGGAGUUUGCAACCAUAAGCGUGAGGGUCAACUCGCAGCAGAAGUUUUUAGUGCCGCUGCUGACUUACGUGGACAUGGCGGACGGGAGAGCGUACCUGUGCAACUGCAACGUGCCCAUAGAGGCGACGACGAGCAGAGUGUGGCCGCUGCGCAACGGAACGUACGCGGAGUACAACAUGCGCUUCGUCCCCGAGUGCUACAGGAACGCAGCAUUCUUCUCGAACGCGGACGUCGAAUUCAGGCCCGAGGACAUACUGAAGGUCCUGUCGUCGCAUUUGGAGUUCAAGAAGCUGUUCGAAAAGGACGUCAGCCAAGGGAGCCAAGGGGGCCCAGAAGCAGUUGAACAAUCGGAACUAAGAGAACCCAUGGAUGAAAAGGGGAGUGGCAGGGGCAAGGGGGAGGACUACAGUGUAUACCACGUAAACGGCGCAAAUAAAAUUAUCUACAAGCCCUGCGAAGGUGCGAUAUUGAUCAACCUACUCGUUUAA